GUGCGGAGAGCAGGGGCAAAGCAGCACCUCAGAUGGAUGGACCCUCUGCUGCCUGGGGCUUCAAGGACGAUAGCUUGACUCCCACCAGAUAACUGCAUACAUACAAACAUGGAGAGGAAGAUGAGCGCUAUGGCUUGCACCGUCUUCAAUGAGCUUCGCCUGGAAGGGAAGCUCUGCGACGUGGUUAUCAUCGUGGAUGAUGUUAAAUUCAAUGCUCACAAGAACAUCCUCUGUAGCUGCAGUCACUAUUUCUGGGCUCUGUUUACUGGCAGCUGGAACAAUCCCGGGAAGAGAGCGUAUAAAAUCCCCGGCACUUCACCUGAAAUGAUGAGGCUCAUUAUCGAGUAUGCCUACACCAGGACAGUACCGGUCACAGAAGACAACGUUGAAAGUUUGCUAAUUGCAGCAGACCAGUUCAACGUCAUGGGCAUCAUCCGACUGUGCUGCGAGUUCCUAAAGUCCCAGCUAUGCUUGGAAAAUUGCAUUGGCAUCUGCAAGCUCACGGAUUAUUACCACUGCCCCGACCUGCGAGAAGCAGCUUACGCCUUCAUCCUCUACCACUUCAAGGAUAUGUACCAGGUGUCUACAGAGUUCCUAGAGCUCCCCGUCGACAAGUUAAUACACAUCAUUGAGAAAGAUGAGCUCAAUGUGAAAGAAGAAAAUGCCGUGUUUGAGGCUAUACUGAAGUGGAUCGCUCACGAUCCAGAGGAUAGGAAACAGCACAUCGCAGUCCUGCUGAGCCAGGUCCGAUUGGCGCUGCUGCAAAUAGAUUACUUCAUGAACAACGUCAAAGCGCACGAUUAUGUGAAGAACAACGAAGAUUGCAGAGUUCUCAUCAUAGACACGCUGACAGAGAUUUACCACCUCAACUCGCACGGCCCCUCUGAUUCCAAUUUCAGCAACCAGCUCAGUCGGCCUCGCCUGCCCGAUGCUAUCUCGUUCGCUGUCGGAGGCUGGAGCGGGGGUAGCCCAACCAACGCCAUUGAGACAUACGAUAGUCGUGCAGACAAGUGGAUCAAUGUCACGUGUGAUAAAGAAAGCCCCCUUGCCUAUCACGGCACCGCGUAUUUAAAAGGCUUUAUCUACGUUAUCGGAGGAUUCGACAGCCUGGAUUAUUUCAACCACGUUAAGCGAUUUAACCCAUUUCAGAAGACAUGGCAGCAGCUUGCGCCCAUGCACUCGCGGCGCUGCUACGUCAGCGUGGCUGUUCUCAACGACUUCAUCUACGCCAUGGGAGGGUUUGAUGGAUACACGCGCCUCAACACAGCGGAACGCUACGAGCCAGAGACGAACCAAUGGACACUGAUUGCUCCCAUGCACGAGCAGAGAAGCGAUAGUAGUGCGACCACGCUGAAAGAAAAGGUGUACAUAUGUGGUGGGUUCAACGGAGAGGAAUGCUUGAUAACAGCUGAAGUUUACGAUCCCGCUACAAAUCAAUGGACCCUUAUAGCCCCCAUGAGAAGCAGAAGAAGCGGAUUAGGCGUGAUCGCAUAUGGAAAUGAAGUCUAUGCGGUUGGAGGAUUUGACGGAAUUGGCCGGCUGCACAGCGCGGAAGCUUACAACCCCGUUGGUGACACGUGGCAUUCGAUCUCUGCCAUGCUAAAUCCUCGCAGCAACUUUGGCAUUGAAGUGGUGGAUGGUUAUUUGUUUGCCGUUGGUGGCUUUAACGGCAUAUCCACAACUUCCAAUGUUGAGUGCUAUGACGAGAACACUAACGAGUGGUACUACGUCCAAGACAUGAGCAUAUGCCGCAGCGCGCUGAGCUGCUGCGUGGUGCCAGGCCUUCCAAACGUCAGGGACUACGCUGCCAAACGCGAUGGCCACAUGGACGACUUUUCAAAUGAAGUCAGAUUCAAUUCUUCAACCAGCAGCCUGCCUACGUACGCUAUCAGCACCAUUUAACUCACAAAGUCUUCUCAGCAGCAAGUGGAUGCCUCCACCUGUUCUAAAAUAAAAACAAUUGAUACUGGCCAAACGAAUAAUCAGUAUUUAAAAUCUUGAUCCUACGGCACCCCAAAAUGUGUGUAUCGACCACAGCGACUUGAAAAAUAAAAG